UUUGUAAUAGUUUAUUUUCUUUUAUUCUUUUUGGAGAAUGAAAUUUUCAAUCAGCAAUUUUUAAAGAUUAUGUGGAAAAGAUGCUGAAGUUUGGAAUAUCUGAGUUUUAAUGAAGAUUUGCGUAGGUUGAUGCUUAUAUAUCUGGCAUUUGAAAUCGAAGUGGGGUGUCGGAUUUCUUCUUCGUUGACUUUUGAGCAUUUGCCAUUUACAUCGAGGUCGCAUUGUGUUAAUGGCUGCAUCUGAAGCAAUUAUGCGAGUUUGUGAUGGGCUUGUCCCUCUCCUUUUUAGUUCUGGACCUUAUUUUAGCAAAUCGCUGUCAGAAUCUAGAACCUCAGAAAAAUAUAGAAAGAGAGCGAGUCAUUCGAAAGUUCUCAACUGUAGCAUUAGUAUAUCUCCUCAGUUUUCUCACGUCUCAAGUGGAAAUGUUGCAACAACCCAAAAACGGUAUGCAAAAUGCAAAUGCCAACGACCUCAGAGUGCAAAUGGGAUAAGUUCGGAGGGUGGAAAUGGAGCAUGGUUUGUGGAUAAUGCGAAGGAGUUCUAUACAGUGAAUGUAAAUACGCCGAAUGUUCUUGAAUUCAAAGAAAUCAGUUCGAAGAAAGAGGUGACGUCCAAUAGUAAUUUACCUGAAAAUGGCUCUGUACGAGAUACCUUGCAAACAGUUAUUGCUGAUUCAGUUGAGGAUGAAGCAUGGGAGCUACUAAGGGAAUCUAUUGUUUAUUAUUGUGGCAACCCAAUAGGGACAAUUGCUGCAAAGGACCCGAGUAGUUCCAAUGUUCUGAACUAUGACCAGGUCUUUAUUCGAGACUUCAUACCUUCUGGUAUAGCUUUUCUUCUGAAGGGAGAAUAUGAUCUUGUUUGCAACUUUAUCCUUCACACACUUCAGCUACAGAGCUGGGAAAAGACUGUGGACUGUCAUAGCCCUGGUCAAGGGCUGAUGCCUGCCAGUUUUAAAGUGCGCACAGUUCCUCUGGAUGGUGAUGACUCUGCAACGGAAGAGAUUCUGGAUCCUGACUUUGGUGAGGCAGCAAUUGGCAGGGUUGCACCAGUUGAUUCUGGAUUAUGGUGGAUUAUUUUGUUACGUGCAUAUGGUAAAUGUUCUGGAGAUUUAUCUGUUCAGGAGAGAAUUGAUGUCCAAACUGGAAUUAAGAUGAUAUUAAGGCUAUGUCUUGCUGAUGGAUUUGAUAUGUUUCCGACAUUAUUAGUGACUGAUGGUUCUUGCAUGAUAGAUCGCCGUAUGGGAAUUCAUGGUCAUCCUUUGGAGAUUCAGGCGCUAUUCUAUUCAGCACUAAUCUGUGCACGUGAAAUGCUUGCACCAGAGGAUGGAUCAGCUGAUCUUGUCCGUGCUUUAAACAAUCGCCUCCUUGCACUGUCAUUUCAUAUAAGGGAGUAUUAUUGGAUCGAUAUGAGAAAACUUAACGAGAUUUACCGCUACAAGACCGAAGAGUACUCAUACGAUGCUGUUAACAAAUUCAAUAUUUACCCAGAUCAAAUUUCUCCUUGGUUAGUGGAAUGGAUGCCAAAUAAAGGAGGCUAUCUGAUUGGGAAUUUACAGCCUGCUCACAUGGAUUUCCGGUUCUUUUCUCUUGGAAAUUUGUGGGCUAUUGUCAGUAGCCUUGCAACUGUGGAUCAAUCAAAUGCUAUAUUGGAUCUUAUUGAAGCUAAAUGGUUGGAUUUGGUUGCAGAUAUGCCGUUUAAAAUAUGUUAUCCUGCACUUGAAGGCCAGGAGUGGCAGAUCAUCACCGGCUGCGAUCCCAAAAACACGCCCUGGUCAUACCACAAUGGAGGUGCAUGGCCAACUCUGCUUUGGCAGCUCACCGUUGCAUGCAUUAAAAUGGAUAGACCAGAAAUUGCAGCUAGAGCCGUUGAGGUUGCAGAGAAGCGCAUAUCAAAAGACAAGUGGCCUGAAUAUUACGAUACCAAAAGAGCUCGCUUCAUAGGGAAGCAGGCACAUCUUUUUCAGACCUGGUCUAUUGCGGGAUACCUUGUCGCAAAACUUCUACUGGCGGAUCCCAGUGCUGCUAAAAUUUUGAUUACCGAAGAGGAUUCUGACCUUGUCAAUGCCUUGUCCUGUGCAAUCAGUUCCAAUCCUAGGAGAAAGCGUGGCCCAAAGAGUUCCCAGAAGUCCUACAUAGUAUGACCAUGAGAUGGUGUCUUGUCACCCCAACAGAAGUAUAGUUGAUCUUCGACUGCUUGCUUGUACAUAUACUAUCUUUACACCAUCUCGAAGAGAAGGGAUGGCAUUUGCAAUUAUUUGAUACAAGGCUGGUAAGUGUAUCAUAGUUAUUUACUUUUGUCUUCAUUUUCUGCCCUAUUGAAGUUCCAGCUUAAAUCCUUGGUGAUCUGGUAUAUGAGUCAAUAUUGAAACAUCCUAUUCUUGUAUGUACAAUUUAUCUGACUUCUAUUUAUGGAUAUAUCAUUAUAAAGAAUAAUUGACAUUAUUUAUUUUGUA